AUGCAUGGUCCCACUAGCCUCGAGACAGUACCGAGCCCAUGCUCCACAAUCGGCGCUUCGGAAAAUUCGGAAUCACCAGCCGGCUACGGAACAGAUGGCUCCUUUGAAGAUUGCAUAUCGGAGGCGUCUUUGCUGGCAAGAGACACGCUUGGUCAAUACCCUCCAUUGACAGCCGAUAUUGAACCAGAGACACGCCUCGACCAGCGGUCCACAAACACAACAUCAGAUAUCGAUAUCGACUCGCUUCCCACAGAGGGCAGGUCUGAGCCACCUGAGCAAGCACCUUCCGGGUCACGACUACACCUCAGCCACACACUCGGAGCAGACAACUUGCUUCGUGAAACAGACCGAACUGAAAUUCAAUCUCAUCCGAGCGUUUGUAUGAAUGCUCAUCCUGAGUUCACUCAGCAUGAACAUGAGUGUUUUGCACUUGGCAUUCCUCAACCCGACUCGACUGAUGCAUACACGAACGAUAUCCCUCGUAAUGACUCUGCCAUCAACUGGCAAAAGCCCUCCCUCUCAUCUGGGUUACCGGGAAGCUUUUCGCAUGAGAUUCCCCAGUUUUAUUCAGGUGGUGCUCCCGCUAACCAACUGAGGAUGCAUGGUGCCGAAGUCCGCCGACCAAGUUUGGUUACGUCUCCCGAGUCAUUCAGCACAGGAGACAGUUGUGGCUCAGCCACAGAAGCCAGUUCGAACGUGACUGAUGGGGCAUCAGAGGAAGUUCCCCCAGAAACUACUUUACCAACUUAUGGACUAGUACCUCCAUUGCCCCCACAUAGGCCCUGUCCUUACCCGCCAACAGAAGGUCACUUGAGAGAGAUUUGGCACGGUGGGAUGGGCAGUUAUGAGCUUCCUCUUGCCCAGCCUAACCCUCCGGCUACAUUCGUCUGUGACUUGGUUGAGCAAAUGGUAACACAGCCAUUUGACUGCAGGAUGGCUGUCCAAAAAGCAUUCGAUGCAUCCAUUGGUCUAGAAAAUGUAUCAACGCUAGAAGAUAGGCCGGGGUGA